CCAAAAUAAAAUCCCUCGGGUUUAGAGUCCAUGUCAAAAGUUUAUCGUUGUUUUUCAGAAGGAUUUAAGCUUUAUCGCCGCGAUUUUCUUGCGUUAAAUAGCACUUCAAUUAUUCUUUUAUUCCCCCGUUCGGUUUGCAUAAUGGCAUCUCCGGUGAUCAUAUCGGCCACCGCCAAACACACGGCCACGCUCAUCUUCCUGCACGGUUUAGGAGAUACGGGGCAAGGAUGGGCUAGUGCCAUGGGGGCUUUGAGACUUCCACAUGUUAAGGUGAUAUGUCCAACUGCACCGACAAUGCCUGUUACUUUGAAUGCUGGCUUCCGAAUGCCCAGCUGGUUUGAUUUGAAAUCAUUGGAUGAGUCUGGACCAGAAGAUGAAGAAGGCAUUAAAAAUGCAACAAAACAAGUUCACAAUAUGAUAGAAGAUGAAAUUAAAGCAGGAAUCCAAGCAGACAGAAUCAUAAUAGGAGGAUUCUCCCAAGGUGGUGCUUUGGCCUUGUACAGUGCGUUGACUUUCCCACAAAAACUUGCGGGAGUUGUCGCUUUAUCUUGUUGGUUGCCCCUCAGAAAGAGUUUUCCAGGGGUAAUGAAAACCAGCAAAGAUCUCCAAGUCCUGCAGUGCCAUGGUGACUGUGAUCCACUUGUUCCAUACAAAUGGGGACAAAUGACUGCCUCCUUGUUGAAAACGCUACUUAACAAACCUGAAUUUAAAUCCUACAAGGGUUUGAUGCACUCAUCUUCAGAUGAAGAGCUGAAUGAUGUUAGGGCGUUUGUAGAAAAGAAUAUACCUAGUCAAUAAUAUUUUAUCUGAAUUAUAUAAACGGGCGUCGUUCUAAGUUGAUUUCAACAUUCCCUAUUUUACAAUAAUGCUAUGGAAACUAUGCAUGCUAGUGUAGCCAAUGUUAACCAACAUCCUUCAGUCUACCUAUGAAAACUGUAUCAUCUUGCUUUACAUUAAGUACUAAUUUUAUUCCAUAUACACUUAUUUACAUAAUGACCUGAGUAAUAUUAAACUAUGGUUUUUGCCAAUCUAUGCAUUUUACUUUAUUGUUUUGUUGUCUACAAUUGUUUCAAUACAUUAAACAUGAAAAUGUUUGUUAGUUUCCUAGUCAGAAAUAAAACUAUAAAAUUAAA